CUUCCCAGAUGCGGGAGAUGCAGCACGCUGUACUGCUCCCGUGACUGCCAGGCUCAACAUUGGCCGGAGCAUAAACGCGAAUGUAGCCGCAGCCGAAUCUUCGAUCGAAGUCAAGCCACAAGCGCUAACCAAGGGCCGAUUCAGGAUGUCGUUGACCCGUUCUCUCGGCUAGAUCGCGGCACUUACCUACACGAUCGUCCUGAGCAAGAUGUAUAUAGGUUACUGAUCGACACCUAUCGGCUGCGUAUGGACGACAAUGAGAAAUUCGAGGAUUUUCGAGAGGUCGAUUCGAUUUACGCAGCGAAGGACAACGACGGUCAAAAGGGUUUCUUCCUUCCCUCGUGGUGGACGGCCGAAUCUCGAACCGCUUGCGAAGGGCUUGGGAGUACGCGUGGCGAAUGGUGUCUGCUUGAUAAAGUGUCGAAGGAUGGAAUUGCUACCCGCUAUGGCGAUGGCAGAUUCCCAAUGCAAUUACGGAUGUUGGGCGAGGUCAUCUAUGGUCGAGGUGUCAUGGGAGCAGACGGAGCGGGUAUGAGAAAGAUGCUUGCUUCUCAGGAGGCUGGCCGUGGUCCUCUGUACUCGAGCAUGAUUGAUGCCAGUAAAUGA